AUGCUCAACUGCCACCCUGUCGCUACUCCCGUUGACACGAAGACCAAGGUUUCUGCUCUCGAGGGCUCGCCCGCGUCGGAUGCUUCGCUCUACCGGUCCAUUGUUGGUGCUCUCCAGUAUCUGACUCUCACCCGGCCGGAUCUUCAGUAUGUUGUUCAGCAAGUGUGUCUCCAUAUGCAUGCCCCUCGUGACUAUCAUUGGACCCUCGUGAAGCGGAUUCUCCGCUACAUCCGCGGCACGAUGGCUCUUGGGCUCAUUCUCAUGGCGUCCACUUCUCUGGAGAUGGUGGCCUACUCCGACGCGGACUGGGCCGGCUGCCCUGACACCCGUCGGUCCACCUCUGGCUACUGCGUCUACCUCGGUCCUUCCCUCAUCUCGUGGUCGUCCAAACGACAACCCACGAUUUCGCGCUCUAGUGCGGAGGCUGAGUACCGAGCUGUGGCUAACGCCGUCGCCGAGUGCACCUGGCUACGACUACUACUUCAGGAGUUGCAUCAUGACGUCUCCCAGGCCAGGAUUGUCUAA